AUGACCGACUCUACUACCCCCGCUGUCGCCGUUGAGCCCACCGAGGCCGGCACUAAGCGCAAGGCCGAGGAGGUGGAGGUUCUCGACGAGGCCAAGAAGCAGAAGACCGACGCGGUCGAGGCUCCCGCCGAGAAGACUGAGGAGAAGAAGACUGAGGACAAGGUCGAGGAGAAGAAGGACGACGAGGCCGAGGCCGAGCCCGCCGACAAGGGCAAGGGCAAGGCGCCGGCCAAGGAGGUCGAGGAAGAGGAGGAGGACGACGACGAUGAUGACGAGGACGACUCGGAUGAUGAGCUCAUCGUCCGUGGGACGCGUAAGCGCAAGCAGGUCGACUACAGCUCGGCCGAGGCCCUUGCCGCUGCUGGCCUUAACUCUGCCGAGGACGAGGAGGAGGAGGACGGCGAGUUCAUCGGUGGCCCGGAGGAGGAGGAGGAGGGCGAGUACGCUGCCGACGAUGUCGAGGAGGGCGAUGACGCCGCUGCCAUCGACGACGACGAUGCUGAGGAGUAG